AUGAAGUUUUUCACUGCCCUUGCCGCCUUCGUCGGCCUGGCCGCUGCCCGGGCCGUUGACCGUGUCGAGCGUCGCCACUGCGAUGCCGUCACCUCCUGGUCAACCUCUUAUACCACCAUCACUCUGCCGCCCGUCACCUCCUAUACCACCAUCACCCUGCCGGGCGUGACCGAGACUUCUUACACUACCAUCGCCACCACCCUCGCCACCACCCAGACCAUCGACGUACCGGUCCCAACCCAGACGGUCACCGUCCCCGGCGGCACCACCGUUGUCACCGAUAUCACUGUUAUCAUUGCUACUCUGGUCAAGACCGUCACCGAGGUUGAGACUCUGAUCCGCGCCGAUCUGAAGAUCAUUGCCAACAUCCUCGCCGCCGCAAAGAUCGAUAUCGAUGCCCUCGUCAAGGUCGUCGUUGACCUUGUUGCUCACCUGCGCGUCCUCCUGAACGCUGUUGUCUCGCUCCAGGGUCUCAAGCUCAGGGCCGAUAUCGUCGCUAAGAUUGAUCUGGAUGUCAUUCUUGACCUCCUUGUUCGCGUCCGCGUCCUGCUCGAGGAUGUCCGCGUCCAGGUCCUUGCUCUGCUGAAGCUCGACCUCCGCAUCCUUAUCAAGCUCGGCGUUAACCUCCGUGUCAUCCUGCGCGAGCUGAUCCCAACCAUUGUCAAGAUCCUCAUCGCCCUGGUUAACGAGCUCGUUGUCAUCCUGCGCCCCGUCAACCCUAUCCUUGCCGACAAGUUCAAGUACCACGGCGGUCUCCUCACCCAGCUGCUCAACCUCGUCGGCAACCUGCUCGCCAACCUGCUCCGGAUUCUCAUCUAA